CUUCAGGGGCACAUAAAAGUGGAAAAACGUCAAUCUGUCUAGGAUCGGGAAAGACAUCGGGGGUCUUAACAUAUUGCUAUAUUAUGUCCAACCUUGGUCGGCUCACUUACGCCGAUAUGAAAAUUCAAGCGGUCGGAAUAAUUCAAAUGAGACAAUCCACUUUAUUCGGUUUUGGGUUCGGCUGUACAUCUUUAAUCAUUAAUCAAUUCGUACGACGCUAUAAAAGAAGUCGAAUCCGAUUUUGCUUUACUUUCGGUUCGGCCGAGAUACGUCAAUCAGCGAGCGACGAGCGUGUCACGUGGCGCGCCAAAACCAUGGCAACGGUCGAAGUUGUCUUUUUCCUGAUAUGCUCGCUCGCGUGCGCGCCGGCAGCGCGGGCCGGGACUAUCCAGAACUUCACGCAGAUGGCGGCGAGCAACGGGCUGGAGUGCGAGCAGUACGAGGUCACGACCGACGACGGGUACGUGCUGACGCUGUUCCGGCUGCCGGGGAACAGCAGCCGGCCGGUGCUGCUAUUGUCGGGCGCCUUCGGCUCGGCCGACGACUACAUCGCGCGGGGCAACACCUCGCUGCCCGCCGUGCUGGCGCGCGCCGGCCGCGACGUGUGGCUCGGCAACGUGCGCGGCUCGCGCUACGGCAUGCGCCACCGCACGCUCGACCCGGCCGGCUCCGCCUUCUGGGACUUCUCGUUCCACGAGUACUCCGUCUCCGACCUGCCCGCCAUAGUCGACUUCGUGCUGAACAACACAGAACAACAGAAGCUCAGCCACAUCGGGUGGUCGCUGGGAACGACCGGGGUGUACGUGCUGGGGAGCGAGCGGCCGGAGUACGCGGCCAAGUUCAGGGUGUCGAUAUCGCUGGCCCCGAUCUGCUACAUGCAUCACUCGCCGGCCCAGGUGCUGGCGGCGCUGACGGCGCCGCUGGUGAUGCCGGCGCUGGCGCUGACGGGCACGGACGGCGUGUUCGUGGACGGCUCGCUCGAGCGGAGCCUGGUCCUGAGCGCCUGCUCGAGCCCGGCGACGGCGUACGGCGUGUGCAUGCAGGCGCUGUACCCGGUGUACGGGUACGACGCGGACGAGAUGGAGCCGGAGUACGCGGUCAAGUUUUUCGAACACUACCCGUCGUCGAUGUCGAGGAAGGCGCUGACGCAUCUGGCGCAGACCAUCCAGCAGAGACGAUUCCAAAAGUACGAUUACGGCCUCCUGGGAAACUUGAGGAAGUACGGGUCGCUGUCGCCGCCGGAGUACGCGCUGGGCGGGAACAACAUCAGCGUGGUGCUGGUGUCGGGCAGGAACGACCUGACGUCGACGCUGCCGGACGUGGCGCUGCUGCGGCGGCGGCUGGGCGGCGUGCGGCGCCACAUCGUGCUGGAGCCGGCCAAGUUCAACCACAUCGACUUCGCGCACGGCAUCAACACGCACUCGGUCCUUUUCGAGCCGAUCAUUUUGAGUUUGCUCGAAGAGUACGAUGACUCGUAAGGAACGACCGAUUAGACUGAUGAAUGUUCGAUUGUUUCGCGUCACAUAAAUUUUUAGAUGUCACGUUCUUAAUAAAAUAUAUUCAAUUUUGUAGACGAAAAAAAGUUUCGGAAACGCAGAAAAUAUUUAAAUCGAUGAGGAAAAUGUUUUCAUUAUUUGGCGUCUAUUUGUAUGUACCUAUACAAACUUUUUGAUGAGUCGUCCAUAAUUCGAAAUAUUUGCAUUUCUUAGAUUGUUUUGUAAUUUUUAUCGGGUUACUUUAUUUUUAAUCAAUAUUAAGUGUUGUUUAAUGAAUAUUAAUUGACUGAACCGUACGAUUGGGCUCAGACCCAAAUUAAAUAUAAAUGUUAUUAUUGAUAUUAAAUUUAUGUAAUUAAUAUUAUUUUGGCAUUUUCAUAUUCUUCUGAGUCGCAUUCUGGUUUUGUAAACGAUCGAAGAUUUUAAACUUUAUACUGAAAUAAUUCAUUAUAAACGAAGCCUCUCGUUGCGAUUAAUAUCGGUAUGUUGUUCUAUAGCGAAUAUCACAAAUUCUUCAAUAGUCAUUAACAAGUCCCAUUAUGUUAUGCGUAUGUGUCAUAUCACACUUGCCCAAUCUACAGAUCAAGCGCGGAAAAAUCAACCUUUAACUGCAUAAUGUUGAAAA